AUGGGUGCAUGUUUCUCUUCUCGGCGCUUCGAGGUCACGGAUGCAGAUAGAGCUUUGCAUAGGAAAGCUGAGAAGGAGCUCAAGCAGGCAAAGGCAAAAAUGGCGAUGCAAGUCAAGGUUUUGCUUUUGGGUUCUGGAGAUUCUGGGAAAUCAACCGUGCUGAAGCAAAUGCGUCUUAUCCAUAAAAUACCGUUUUCGCCUCAGGAAAUUGAGUCGUACCGCCAGCUCACGUUCGACAACCUUACCUCCGGCUUGAAGUGCACCCUCGAUGCGAUGGAGUACAUGGAUCUCAAGGUUUCCGAGGACAACAUUGGAUAUGUGGAUCUCAUUGACAGUGCGCGGUAUUUGAAGGACGGAGAGCCGUUCCCAAUCGAAUACCACGAGCCUCUCAAGGCUCUGUGGGCUGAUGCUGGCGUUCACAAGGCAUGGCAGAGAGGGAACGAAGCUGCCUUGCCCGAAAACUUGGAGUAUUUCUUCUCGGAUCUGGAUCGCCUGUUCGAUCCACAUUAUCAGCCGACGGAGCAAGACAUUAUACAAUGCCGCGUUCGGACAAUCGGAAUCAAGGAAACCGUCUUUUCUCUUCGGGAACACGAGCUCACUAUGGUCGACGUCGGCGGACAGAAAUCCGAACGGCGGAAAUGGAUACAUUGUUUUCAGGAUGUGACGAGCAUCUUGUUCCUUGUCAGCCUGAGUGGGUACGAUCAGUGUUUGGUUGAGGAUAAGGAUGCCAACCAAAUGCAAGAUGCCAUGACGAUAUGGGACUCGAUAUGCCACUCGCAGUGGUUCAAGUACACUUCGAUUAUCCUGUUCUUGAACAAGAAUGACCUCUUCGAAAAGAAGGUACCUCAUUCUGAUAUCAAAAACUUCUUCCCAGAUUUCGAUGGCGAUGCUGGUGAUGUCCGUGCAGGUCGCGAUUAUUUCAAGCGUCGCUUUUCGAAACUGGCUACUAAGGCUGGCAGGUAUAAGGAGAGGGAGAUUUAUAUACACAUAACGACGGCGACUGAUACCGCUAUGCUUCGUGUCGUAAUGGCCGCCGUGGAAGGUACGUUGUAG